AUGACACCGGUUCAAAAAAAUGUGAGUGUCCCGUUAAGCUGUGUGGUUAUAUGUUGGCAAAUAAGAAAUGGAGAUUUAAUGUCAUAUGUGGUUUACAUAACCAUGACUUGUGUAAAAAUUUUGAAAUGUAAAAUACCUGAAAAUAUCUCAAAUAUCAAGCAAGUAUACAAUAUUCGGUAUCAAUAUAACAAGGCGCUGAUGGGGGAUAUAAGUGAAAUGCAACAACUAUUAAAACUUUUGGAUGAUAACAAUUAUGUUUCCAGGUUUGCAUUUCUAGAUAGCGAAAAAGAGGAGAGUGUUACUUCUUGGGCUUUGAAGGACCAAGAAGAGAUGCCGAAAGUAAUUGUUACUGACCGCGACACCACUUUGAUGAAUUCAGUUGCAAAAGUAUUUUCUACUUCUUAUGCAUUAUUUUAUAGAAAGGUGUGCGAUAAAUAUCUAUAUUUGUUGAAAUAUGUUGAAAGCACAAUGUUGGACCAGGUGAAGGAGAGAAUUGUCUCUGCAUGGACCAAUCAGUUGGUCAGAAACAUAUCUCAAGUAGGUUUAAGUUAUAUUUUUCAUAAAGCAAAACGAUUUGAUAAUGUAAGCUCCGAUAGUGCAAAAUGUGGUUGCACAAUUGUGAAAACCUAUCUCCCACAUGCUUGUCUUAUAGCAAUGAAGGUGAAGCUUGAUAGAACGUUAAGAAUGAAUGAAGUUUGCAGUCAUUGGAAAAAGCUUAGGUUUGACGACAAUUGUGUCAUGAAAGACGGUAAAUCAAAUAUCUCUAACUUGACCGAAUGGGAAGUGAUACAAGAGAUAUUUUUGAAAGCCGACGACAAUAUGAAACUCCACAUCAAAGAACAAUUGAGGAAGAUUGCUUAUCUGGACACCACUGACUUGAAACCACCAUCUCAACCGGUAAAAACAAAAGGUGCUACAAAGAAGGUUAAACCUACAUCGAAUGAUAAUUCAACGGUGCAAUCUUCUUUGUAUUUUGAACAUGUUGACAAAGUUUUUCCGGACUCACCAACUCCAAAUUCUCAAAAAAUCGUCAAUGUUAAGGGUGACAAUUAUUGCGGUUUUCUAGUUAUUUCAGCUUUGCUCGAUAAAGGAGAAGGUGAUCACACACUUGUUCUCCAUUAA